GCAUGGCCAGAGGCUCGCACCGCGCCGAGAUGCUGCUCCCGUCCAUCCAUCCCCUGCUCGGGCUCCUCCUGCUGCUCCCAGGUUCUACAGCUCCCACAAACUCCUCCACCCCUGCUGGAACAGGUCAACCCCAAGCUGCAGCCAGCCCUGAAGCAAAGAACCACAGCUCAGAGCCAUCAGUAAAAUCAACACCACUGACCAACCUGAGCCUCACCUCUGUGGGUCCAACUCCAACUACAGUCAAACCCUCCCCCACCACUACAACCACCCUGACAGCAACCACUGAGCGAGAUGAUAAGUCCAGUGGAAACAGAAGCACAGCAGCCCCUCCUCCAACACCUCAAGGCCAGGAUCCCGUGAGGAAUUUGAGCACCACAACAUCAGCGACUCCAGGUGCUUCCUCCUCGCAGAGAGGCACCUCAAAACCCAUCACCCCAACACCAAACUCCUCCAGCCGCUUGCCCGAGCCCACCCCGACGGAUGAGAAAUCGCCGCUGACCGUGGCAGCUUUUGGUGUCAUCAGCUUUGUUGUUAUCCUGAUAGUGGUGGUCAUCAUCCUGGUCAGCGUGGUCAGCCUGAGGUUCAAGUGCAACCACUCCAAGGACUCAGAAGACAAACAGAAACCAGGAAGCUCCAUGGUAUCGGAGAGCUGCUCUGCAGACACGAGCCAGAAGGGGAACAGCAUCACUCUGAUCUCCAUGAAGAACAUCAACACCAACAACAGCAUGAGCUACCCCCCGUCAGAAAAGGUGCUAUGAAGCCAAGAGCCCAGGGCUUGAAGCUGACACGUGACAACCAGCAGUGCCUUUCUAGGCUCUUUUUUUAAUUUUUGUCCUUCGGGGAAAGAGCAAGGGUGGACUUUAUAUAUAAAUUAUUACUCCUCUCUGAUCAGUACAUUUACAGUAGUGUCCUACAUAGCUUCCCCACCUGGGGCCUAAGGGCUUUCUCCAGUUACAGCCUGCCACGCUGGGUGCUUGAUACCUAACUCUAUUUCUGAUAUGCCUUCAAACACUCAGAUAAUUCCAGCAGCAAGGAGCACCGAGGCACCAUCCACUCUGCUAAUAAGCCUCUGCCUUAGAUUAAUGGCCUUUAUAGUCUGUGCCAGGGCUCGUUAAUCAGCAUAGCCCCACGUCGAGCCAGACCUGUGCUCUGGGAAAGCCUGAUCCGAAGCUGAAGGCCGCAAAUGCCCAAGUUCUGGGUCAAAUCCCAGCAGGACUGCUCCAAGCCCCUUAUGCCCAGUGCCCUCAUUGUGCCCCCAGCAGUGGGAUGCUCACACCCACCUACCUCACAGGGUUGUUGUGAGGCUUUUUUAACCCCUGUCUGUAAAGCCUUUGGAGAGCCGUGAAUUAAAGGUGCUGCUGAAAUGCAAACUGCCAUCUUAAAGAUUUUAUUGUUAUGAAUAACAACGGAGCUUCAGGAAGGCAGAUCGUUAUCUCCUCACGUGCUCAGGGACUCAGCUGAAGUAAGGAACAAAGCCCCUCACAAAGAUCAGGGGUUUAUCUCAGUGUAAAAUGAACGGUCACAAGCAAAAUGCUGAUCUCCUUCAGCUCCUGGAGUGUGGCAGCCGAAGUUUGCCAGGAGAGCUUCCAUCCUCUUCCACCACUGCUUUCCCAAAGCUCCCUGGCACCAGGAAGAGCAGCAUCCCCCUGUGCAGUGCAAGAGGCAGCUGUGCUUUGCAGCUGGCAAGGAAAAAAAAAAUCAGCAGCAGAAAAAUAAAACAUGUGAAGUUUUCAAAGCUCCUGGUAAGGGCCAGCACACUUUUAACCUCUGACAUCUGCACUGGGUAGCUCGAUAAGUUGUUUCUUAAUAAAUGAAGCUUUUCUGGUAACAUUCAUGAAAAGCAAAAUGUUGUCAUUCACCUGGGCUCCACCAGACUGGUGAGUUUGCUUAACACAGAAUUCCAGAUAAUUCCCAAUUAGAUAGAACCAGACAGCUCCAGUUCCUGGAGACCUGUGACUCCACACAUGGAGCACAAGAAGUAGGUUUUGAGUGAAAGCAAAACUUUAGCAAAUCUCCCCAGAUCUCUGAGAUUCCACAGGACCUCACCACUGCUUUAGUUUUCCUUCCUUUGACCUCCUUCUUCCCACAGGCCCUUGAGGGUCUAUAAAUGAGGGUGGGCAGGGCUGGCACAGGGUGCCGAGGGCAGCUGGGGAUCCCCUGGGUCCCUGGCAGUGCC